AUGUUUGGGAUCCACAGGAAAAUCAGCAGCAACAACAUGGCACCCGUCCUCCCUUUCCUCCUCCUACUCCUCCUCGGUUCUCACACAAUCGACGCUCGACCGACCGUCAAUGCCUUACUUUCCACCUUCCGCGGCCCAGCGCGGCUCCUCCAAGCCGCGGCGGAAUGCACGGGAGCGUCGGAGGCCUGCCCCGGCGGCCGCGGCGGCUGCGUCGCAACGUCGCGCCUCUGCGAUGGCGUGCCUGACUGCGGCGACGCGAGCGACGAGGGCGUCGACUUCUGCGACGCGCUGCUGUACCCGCCGUACGAGGAGGGCAGCGUGUGCAACCCCGAGCAGUUCCAGCUCUACUGCCCCAGCGGCGGCGGGUGCAUGCAGGAAUCCGAGGCGUGCGACGGCAAGCCCAACUGCGCCGACGGAAGCGACGAGUCGCUCGCGUUCUGCACGAACUUCGUCUGCGACAACGUUGGGAGGGCCUACUGCCCGUCUAAGAUCGGUUGCAUGCCUCUGGGUGGCGAGUGCAACGGUGUGGUCGACUGUGCGGAUGGCAGUGAUGAGGGACCCCAAUGCCCCGGGUAUCAAGGCGGCUCAUCCGGCAGUGGUGGCACGUCAACAACAAACAGCACUGCCCCUAGCACCGGCAGUGACGGGUCGUCUGACUCAUCAACGAACGGCACUGCUCCCAGCAGCGGAGGCGGGUCCGUGACUGGAGGCGGGUCCGUGACUGGAGGCGGGUCCGUGACUGGAGGCGGGUCCGUGACUGGAGGCCCGGCUGUGUUGAGUCCUGAGGCUAAGAAUGCAGCUUUGGAGGCAAAAAAGAAGAAGCAGGCAGAGAAAGCGGCGGCAAUUGCUGAGAAGAAGCGGAAGCAGGAGGAAAAGGCUGCUGCGAUUGCGGAAAAGAAGAGGAAGCAGGAGGAAAAAGCGGCCGCGAUCGCGGAGAAGAAAAGGAAGCAGGAAGAGAAGGCAGCUGCGAUUGCAGAGAAGAAGAGGCUGCAAGAAGCGAAGGCUGCUGCUGUUGCUGAGAAGAAGCGGAAACAGGAGGAGAAGGCCGCUGCGAUUGAAGCAAAGAAGAAGAAACAGGCUGAGAGGGCCGCUGCUAUUGAGGCUAAGAACUCACGAGUGGAAGUACGGUAG